CUCGAACUGUGGAUGCGCUAUGAUCAUUUCCGCUCUUGGUACAUAUUCACAUGACUAAUUACCCCUUAGAUUCUUAGAGCCUUAUGAGCCUCAUCUUUCUAACCAAAAUCCCAACCUAUCUCUCUCUCUCUCACUUCCUCUGACCUCAAAAACUCAACAACAAAAACUUCAAAAAUUGCACAAAUUCAAACAAAAAUGGGCAUAAGCAACACUCUAUAUCCCACAAUGACAACCCUUCCAACCUUCUCCCACACAACAUCUUCAUCCAAUCCUCAAUCACUACCAUUUCCAGUCACACUCACUUCCAAGCCAUUUAUAAAUAAUCAUUCACAACUUUCUCUCUCUUCAAUCUCUCUCUCAAGAAGGAUUUUCCUUCCUUCAGUUUCAGGCAUUUGGGAUGCUUUAACUGGUGGCUCCAACUACAAUCCCCGUGAAGCUGCUCUUGCCAUUCGCCGCGGUAUGCAGCUUUUUAGACAGGGUGAUAUUAUUGGGUCUGUUGCUGAAUUUGACAAGGCAGUUGAGCUUGAUCCACGUCAAAAGGCAUAUCUUUGGCAAAGAGGACUGUCUCUAUACUAUCUAGACAGGUUUGAAGAAGGAGCGGAGCAAUUCAGGCUAGAUGUUGCUCAGAAUCCAAAUGACACAGAGGAGUCUAUUUGGUGUUUCCUUUGUGAAGCUCUGCUUUAUGGGGUUGACGAAGCUAGGAAACGAUUUCUUGUGGUUGGUAGAGAUCCAAGACCGGUGAUGCGUCAAGCCUACGAAAUGUUCAGAGAUGGUGGUGAUCCUCAAAAGCUGGCUGAUACAUUCUCAAGCAGUCGAGAUGGUGAAUACUUCUAUGCAUUUCUGUAUGCUGGCCUCUAUCACGAAGCACUGGGUGAAGAAGAAGCUGCUAAGAAUUAUAUUGUUGCUGCAUGCCAAUCCCCUUAUGCACAAAGGUCUGACGAUUACAUGGCUUCUUUAGCCAAGGUCCACUGUAUCUGUAGAAACUGGAGCUUAAAUCAAACAUCAACAUGAGAAUACAUUUGGCCCUCGGAGUUUAUCAUUAUAAACCCUCUUCCGGAUUUCAGUUUCGAUAAACAAGAUAAUGUAAUAGGUUUGAGUGACAAUUGAGAAACAUAUAAAAAGAUCAUGUAAUGAUGAACAGUAUAGAGUAUUCUUCGUAUUAUUUUACCUGUAAUUACUAAAUAUGUAAAGGAGUCGGUCAUGAAUUACCAAAAUAUUGGUAUUCCAAGUUUUGCAA